AUGAGACCGUUGACUGAAGAAGAAACCAAGACCUUUUUUGAAAAAUUGGCAAAAUAUAUUGGACGCAAUAUCGCUCAUUUGAUAGAUCGACCUGAUGAGCCGUACUGUUUUCGUAUACAAAAAGAUAAAGUGUAUUAUGUUAGUGAAAGCAUUAUGAAAAAAGCAAUCUCGGUUAGCAGAGAUCAGCUUCUUGCUCUUGGAGUUUGCUUUGGUAAAUUCACAAAGACUGGAAAAUUUCGUCUGCAUGUCACUGCUUUGGAUUAUCUGGCACAAUUUGCAAAGUACAAGGUCUGGGUCAAGCCCAAUGGUGAAAUGUCGUACAUGUACGGCAACCAUGUUCUCAAAGCACAUCUUGGUAGAAUCACUGAAGAUACACCCGAACAUCAAGGUGUAAUUGUUUACACAAUGGCUGAUGUUCCACUGGGUUUUGGUGUGACUGCAAAAUCCACUGGAGAUUGUCGCAAAAUGGAUCCUACUUCAAUCUGUGUGUUCCAUCAAACUGAUAUUGGCGAAUAUCUUCGUGACGAAGAUACUCUUUUUUAA